AUGACCGCAGACGCUGCACGUAGCUUUCUAGAUGUCCCCGAAAAAAAAGUAUCAGUUCUUGAGAAACUGAAGCAGACCAAUUAUUCUAUGCAUGAUUACGAAACAAAUGAUACCACGGACAGCGCGGACUCGGACACUAAAAUACCGUGCACUGGCGUAGAAAUAUCCAAGGAGCCUGAGACUGCUAUGUUGGGAAGUAUAAGCCAGCUGGAACUGGAAUUAUCUCCCGAUGAAAGACAGCUGGUCAAGGAAUCGUGGUCCAUGAUACUAAAUGACGACCUGUUGACGGAAAAUCUGUCGCAUUUCUAUAAGAAGUUGAAGAGGAAUACCAAAUUCGGGGUAAGCUCGAGCACCCCCAUGAACGCUCGAUUUGCAAAAACGGAUUGCGAUUCGAAGGAGACAAAGUCUGAGUUUAAAAUCAAGAUGGAUGUCAAAAAGGACUCGGAAGUGGAAAGAUGCGUUUUCUGCACUCAGUUCUACGAAAAUUUAAUCACCUUCGAUAAAAAUAUUGAGCUAAUUUUCCCCUCGAUAAGGCACCAGGCGGUGUCGUUUUCAAGAUUGGUAAACAGGGCCGUCAACAGUAUAGAUCACAUUCAUGACUUGGACGAAGAGCUGAGUGGUAUUGGGAAAAGACACGCCCGCAUACUCGGGAUCAGCACAGAAAACUUCAAAGUCAUGGGCUCCGCAUUCUUGUAUACUCUACAGGAGAGGUUCGGUACAAUGUUCACUUUGGAGUUGGAGCGUUGUUGGGCUACUUUCUACUUUUACUUGGCCAACAGUCUGUUGAUUUUCGGUUCGGAUCCUGUCCUGCUCACUAAAGGUAUGCUUAAAGAGGGUGGGGCCAAACAACUCAGCAAACCCGUUCCAUACAAUAUACGGUCUGCGCAAUGCACUGUCAGCAACAUGUCAGAUACCUCGGAUGACGAUGAUUCCGAAUCUAUAAUGUUGCCUGUGCCCAUCCUCGUGACUGAUAUGGAGAGCACACCAUCGUCUAUCCAUACAAGGGACGAUGGCAAGACGAGGAAAACCAAGUCUACAUAUUCCCAUAAAACCGACAAGUCCAGAAGCUCGAGAAACACACUAGCAGAGAACUCACACAAGAAAGCGGCCUGUGCUGUUGAACGAGAGCAAAGGCAUCAUUAUCCAUUAAGAGAAACUCAUAGCAAGACUUCGGAUUACACUAACGACAUGGAGACAGUCAACUCCCGACAACGUCUUGCCGCGAAACUCAACAAGAAGGACUGCACAAUCAUGUAA